AUUCGUCAGCAGAGAAGAAGCGCGAAGUGGCCUGGCGGACUCAAAGACCAGAUGGUCGACAGAGAGGAGAGGCAUGCGCGUCUAUGAAGCUUGAACUGGCCCAUGAUUUGAAUUGGAAUUUGUCCGUUCUUGUCGACAUUCCGCAUGAGGGUCCCAAAUCCCAAAGAGAUCAGAUUGAUGAUUGUACCGAAGCUCCUUCUCAUGCCUCAGAGCGCACAAGGCGCGAAAGUUCAUCGAAGCCAAGCGCAUCACGAUCGGUCAUUGGGGAACGUGCAAGUUGUGGCUCGAAGGCAAAGGGUCACUUUCGGCGGAUGCGAAUACAAGCAUGAUGACGAAGAAGCCAUUCUUUUGGGAACGGCGACUGUCUGUCCUCUGCCUGGAAUCACCACGAAUUUGAAUGCAAGUGCUACGCGAAACAUGCCGCUUUAGGGGUCACUCGCAUCCUUUCGCAUGCAGGGUUCUUUUGAUUUUUCCGGUGCGGCUCUCCAGAAAGCCAAGGACGCCACCAACCUCGCUCCAAAGGCU